GUGUGUUCUGUUUACUCACUUUUAAAACUCAUAUAACAUUUAUGAUACAUAUUUUUAGUCAUUGCUUAUUAUUCUGUUAACCAUCACUAAACACAUACAUUUAUGUAUGGCAAGCUAUGUGUACAUGUAUGUGUUAAAAUAUUUAUCCCACACCGGAAAGUUAUAAAACAAUAAAACACUAUAUAAGGUUUUGGGCUACUUCUCCUAUCAGGUUGGCCUUUUAGGAUGGCACGAGACCAACAGGUUUAAACUUCCGGCAGAAAUUUCAUACCCCAAAACCCUCUGAUGGAUAUGGAGUUGGAUAUUGAUGUACUUCCUCAGUUCGGUUAUAAAUGCAACAUCGAAUUGGGCACAAAAAUUAAGACGCAAAGGAAAAGUGUUUUACUUUCCUCUUUUGCCCUUCUGUAGUCAGUAACUCACUACACGGAUAUAAAAGGGCUACAGUUCUACAUCACACAACAUAACCCUUCUCCUGCAGCCCAUAUUCUCGACGAUCGGAAAUUAAACUGAAUAGACAGAAAACGCCGCCUCCUUCACCAUAUAUACUUUUCAAACACAGACAUGGACAGAAAACGCCACUUGGCCUCCUUCAUCGGAAAAUAAACACGGACAGAAAAUGUCACCUCUUUGUUGAUCUUGAACCGUCAGCCCCACUAUCUUCAAGGAUGUGAGACAGAGUAUCCAGGACCAUAAAAUCCGAUGUUAUAGCUUGAGAUAGUAAGCGGAGUGAAAUCAAUACCUUGGUCGCCCAUGUCUUCCAUUUUUGAGAAUUAAAUAACAAAUUUGAGAAUUGAAUAUCAUAUGAAGAUGGUAGGGAAAGCCAUAUGAGUAAGUAUAGAUGAAAUCAAUGAUAAUGUACAUAUGAGGAUGCUGAAUACAAAAAGUAGAACAUGUGGUGCGGGUGGGGGGUGGGACAUGGCAGAAUUAAAAGGUGUCUUAAAAUCUAAAAUGAGUGGUGAUGAGUUGAUGGGUGGUGUUUGGUGGCCUGGUGGGUGUUGAAUAAUUUAGGGUAUAGAAGUCAUUUUGGGUGUUAGUUAUUUCCUAAAAAGAAAUGUUGCAAUUGAUUUGAAACUUCCGAAAAACGAAAGUGUUGCAUUUAUUAAAGAACGGAGGAAGUAUAUCGUAAAACACUGACUGCAGCGGAUAUUGAUGCAGAGAUGCAUGUUCCUCGUCUGAUGGCUCUGAAUUGGCCAUUAUUGGAUAGGCAGACAAUUCAGCUAGCAUUAAUGUUGCAUGCAUUUCAAUACGAAGUCACCGCCAUUCGGAGGAGCAACAUGUGAUCGUUUCUGCGGCGCCAAUGGAGAAUUAUAGUCGAACAACAGCAUUUGAGGGUGGGAGGCGUGCUAUUCUUCGAAUGAAUACAUAACACUCUUUUCGUGGUCGUGAUCAUGCCAAUCAUCCACCUCCUGCCCCCUAUGCCUCCGCCUCCUCCGCCUCCUCCACCUCUUCCACCUCCUCCACCUCCCCCGCCUCCUCCGCCUCCUCCACCUGCUGGACCGCAGACCCCAUCUCCAAGGCGGCCUCCACCAAGGUGCCUUUCAACGCCAUCUACCCCUUCAUUGGUGUCUGACAUCUUUAGCAUGAUAGCGGAUGCAUUGAUAAAAACUGAGGACGCCAUUGAUUGUGCCCUUUUACUUGAGGCACGAACUAAGCCUUUCCGUGAUUUCUAUGACUGCCACUUGCGUAAUGAAAGAAUAAGUGUUCUGGGUGUAGUAGUUCAGAAAUUGCCUUGUGCAUUCAUUGUGACCGAGGAACAUCAGAAACUUGUUUGGGACAUCGUUCUCGUUAAUGAAGAGUGCAUCUCGGUUCCUCUCACUCUUUGGGAAGAUUAUGUCACCAGUCAUGGAACUGAAAUUGAACGAAUUCUCAAGGAGGGGAAUUACCCCCUGGUUCUCAUUGAAAGGGUUGCUGUCAAGCUUUUUCAAGGCCUCACUCUGGCAACCAGGUUUGAUACCCGUUUGGAAAUCAAUCCAUCUAGUGAACGUGCGUUGUUACUGAAGAAGUGGCUUUUUGAAAAUGUCCACAAAGUUGAUCAAAUGAUGCUAGAGGUGUAUGAGGACGCUCUUAGUGCUCUAGCCAAACCUCUGUCCCAGCCUCGCACGCCUGUCGCUGGGCUCGAAGCAAAAUUAGAUGAGGUUCCUGUUGCGUCGGUGUUGGGAAAGUUCGUUCUGAUGGACACUUCAGAUGAUGGUUUUUACGUGGGUUGUGAUUAUUGCAACAGAAAGGUUUACGCCAUGGAAGGGGUGACUUUUGAAUGCAUGUUCUGUGGGCAGAAAAUUGGGAAAGCAGUUAAGAAGUUCCGUCUUGAUGCUUCACUCAGUGAUGGAACCUCUAGCGUUCCCGUGACUCUCUUCACAGGGGACAUUCUGUCCCUGUUUGAGUUCGUGCACAUGGUAUCACAACCAAUUCCGGUUGUGGUUUGACUGCUUGUUCAGCAUCCAUGAUUAUGGGUAGUUUGUUAAGGGUCUGUUUGGCCCAUUUAUACACUCCGAUAUUGUCCAGACCGGUUCGGGCUGAGGGGGCAUGUUAAAGUAUCUGUCCCACACCGGAAAGCUAUAAAACAAUAAAACACUUUAUAAGGCUUUGGGUUACUCCUCCUAUCAGGUUGACCUUUUAGGAUGGAACCCUAGAUCUUAACAGUAUGUCUUUCUUAUAUACAACAUAUAACUUAAUUAAAUAUGUUUAUACGUUAGUUAUAUGUGUAUAUAUCUGUGUGAGACAGAGAGUUUGAGUAUAUAUUUAUAACGGAGGUGGGGCGUGUAACACCAACCCCGAGCAUAUUUACUUUUAGUAAAUUAUGUAAUAAACCUUGGAAGAUGAUUUGUAAAUUUGCG